GGGAGCAGCUGCAAACAUCUGCAGGAGGACACACCGCUGGACUCUCCAGGACCAGGACCAGGAUGCCGGACCACAUCUCCGUGUGCGAGUUCCUAUCCGAGACCACCGAGGACUACAACUCUCCCACCACGUCCAGCUUCACCACCCGGCUUCAGAGCUGCAGGAAUACCGUCAGCAUCCUGGAGGAGGCCCUUGAUCAGGACCGCUCGACGCUGCAGAAGGUGAAGAAGUCGGUGAAAUCCAUCUUCAUCUCAGGACAAGAGCAUGCAGGGAACCAGGAGAGCUUCAGUCAGGCUCUGGAGAAACUGGGAGGAAACACGUCUGAACUGGGAGAGGCCUUCAUUACGUUCUCCUGCCUCGUUAAAGAACUGGCCGCUCUGCUCAGGAACCUGCUGCAGAGUCUGAAUCAUAAUGUAGCCUUCACCCUGGACUCGCUGCUGAAAGGAGACCUGAAAGGAGUCAAAGGGGAUCUGAAGAAACCGUUCGAUAAAGCCUGGAAGGACUAUGAGACCAAGUUCUCAAAGGUCGAGAAGGAGAAACGUGAACACGCCAAACAGCACGGGAUGAUCCGCACUGAGAUCACCGGCGCUGAACUCGCUGAAGAGAUGGAGAAGGAGAGGAGGCUAUUCCAGCUGCAGAUGUGUGAGUAUCUCAUCAAAGUCAACGAGAUCAAGACGAAGAAGGGCGUGGACCUGCUGCAGAAUCUCGUCAAGUACUACCACGCCCAGUGCAACUUCUUUCAGGAUGGUUUGAAAACUACCGACAAACUGAAGCAAUACAUUGAGAAGCUCGCUGCUGACCUGUACGAUAUCAAACAGAAUCAGGAUGAGGAGAAGAAGCAGCUGACAGCUCUCAGAGAUCUCAUCAAGGGUUCCUUACAGCUGGACCAGAGGGAGUCCAGGAGAGACUCUCAGAGUAAGCAGAGUGGGUACAGCAUGCAUCAGCUGCAAGGCAACAAGGAGUUUGGCAGCGAGAAGAGAGGCUACCUGCUGAAGAAGAGCGACGGGCUCAGGAAGGUUUGGCAGCGCCGGAAAUGUUCUGUGAGGAGCGGUGUGCUCACCAUCUCUCACGCUACAUCCAACAGGCAGCCAGUGCGCCUGAACCUGCUCACCUGCCAGGUGAAACCCAGCACCGAGGACAGGAAAUGCUUCGACCUCAUCUCCCAUAAUCGGACGUACCGCUUCCAGGCUGAAGACGAGCAGGAGUUUCUCAGCUGGGUGUCUGUGCUGACCAACAGUAAGGAGGAGGCCCUGAAUAUGGCAUUUCAGGGUGGAGGUCAGAGUUCAGGUGUGGAGGAGGAGGAUGAGCUCACCAAGAGCAUCAUCGACGAGGUGCUGCGGUUGCCCGGCAACGACACCUGCUGCGACUGUGGAGCUGCAGAUCCGUGCUGGCUCUCCACCAACCUGGGCAUUCUCACCUGCAUCGAGUGCUCAGGGAUCCACAGAGACAUGGGCGUUCAUGUGUCCCGGAUCCAGAGCUUGAAACUGGACAAACUGGGAACCUCUGAGCUGCUGCUUGCCCGGAAUGUUGGGAACCGCAGUUUUAAUGACAUCAUGGAGGCCGCCCUGCCGUCGCCAUCUCUGAAGCCGACGGCCUCCAGCAAUAUGACGGUGAAGAAGGAGUUCAUCAAUGCCAAGUAUAUUGACCAUAAGUUUGUCAGACGCACCAUCUCCACAGCGAGCAGCAGGCUGGAUGAGCUAAACGAGGCGGUGCGAUCGCGGGACCUGCUGUCACUCAUCCAACUGUACACCCAGGGGGUGGAGCUCCUGCAGCCCCUCCCAGAACUAGGCAAGGAAGCUGGAGAGACUGCGUUGCACUACUGUGUUCGGACAGCAGAUCAGUCCUCCCUCCAUUUGGUGGACUUCCUGGUCCAGAACAGUGGCAAUCUGGAUGGACAGACGGAUGUUGGAAACACCGCUUUGCAUUACUGCUGUCUGUACGACAAACCGCAGAGUGUGAAGCUGCUGUUGAGAGGAAAACCCGACAUCCACAUCGCCAAUCAGAGUGGAGAGACGGCGCUGGACUUGGCCCGCAGACUACAGAAUGCUCAGUGUGAAGAACUGCUGGCAGAGGCGGUGUCCGGAAGGUUCAACCCUCACGUUCACGUUGAGUACGACUGGAACCUCAGACUGGAUGAACUGGAUGAGAGCGACGACGAACUGGACGACAAGCCCAGCCCGGUGAAGAAGGAGCGCUCCCUCCGCCCUCAAAGCUUCAUUCCAUCCUCUCAGGAGAAGCUCUGCCCUCCGCCUGCCUUCGCUCUUCCUCACAGAGACAAGCAGCGCCUGUCCUACGGGGCGCUUGCCAACCCCGGCUACACCUCCUCCGAUACUCUGACGUCCCAGGCGCCAGACACCUCCUGGCCUUCACCAGCCACCGGGACCCAGAGCACAGGCCUCACCUCCAGCCCUCCUAGGUCCCUCCCCCUCACCUCACAGACCAGCGGCGGGGGAGGAAGCUCCACCCUGAAGAAGAGACCCCCUCCCCCUCCACCCGGACACAAGCGUACCAUGUCGGAGCCCCCCAGCCCUGUGCUACAGACACCUGCAGGUAAAGGAAGUGAGAUGACCCCCCCACCUGGAAAUAGGACAUCACCUGCCAACAAGUUUGAUGGACUCCAGCAGCAGCAGAGUACAACCUGCAGUAACACCAAGUCUACACUGGGACCGAGAGUUCUUCCUAAACUACCUCAGAAAGUGGCUCUCAGAAAGAUUGACACCGUUCACCUCCCGUCUGUGGACAAACCUGGCCCAUCUCCAGACCCCCUCCACAGACUUCCAUCAUCCCCGUCCUCACAGCCAGACCCCCAGAAAUCUCCCCCCUUCAUCGAUGCCUCCCCAAAAGCCCCACUUACCCCGGCGGACUCCUCCCAUAGAGCCGAGAAGCCCCCGCUGUCCGACCUACCCCCAAAACCACUUCUUAAAGACCUCCCACGCAAACCCUACAUCACAGACCUGCCCCCACAGCCACCGCUCAGUGACAUAUGUGGCCCCACCCCCACGGACACACACAGAUUGAGGGUGGCGUCUGUUCAGCAGGGGGAGUUGUCCCCCCAACCAGCAGCUGAGGAGCUGCCACCUGGCACUGUGGAGACGCCCGUCCCUCUGCCACGCAAAAUCAGCUCUGUGAAGAAAAUCUGCCGGGUGAAAACCAUCUACGACUGUCAGGCCGACAACAACGAUGAGCUGACCUUCGCAGAGGGGGAAGUCAUCAUCGUCACUGGAGAGGAAGACCAGGAGUGGUGGAUCGGACACAUCGAAGGUCAGCCCGAGAGAAAAGGCGUAUUCCCCAUGUCAUUCGUUCACAUCCUCUCGGACUGACGGCCGCAGAGACCAGAGUGGGGCCACCACCACCCCCGCCCACUUGCUGAGGUCACACAGGUGACAGUGGACUUUGUCGGACAGUCGGUCUCUGACCAACAGCAAUGAACUUACAGCUGCAGUUUGGAGAGCCUCACUGUAAAUACAGCCUCUAUUAAUCACCCAGCAGUGUUAGCAUAGCAACCCAGCACGCAGAGCUGGGCAGGCAGUAGAGGAACACAGAAGGGAACACACAGGUGAGAGGACAGGUGGACAGGUGGGAGGGAGGGAGAGUUCAGAGAAACCUGCUCCUUUGCUAAGAAGACCCAAACGAUCUGAGCCAAGGGCGCCCCCUGCUGGCAGCUCAUCUCACAGAAGAACAAGCGGACCAGAGGAGCACAGCAUUAACCCUUCGUUCACGCUCACACAGAAGCACUAGCAUACCUGAGCUGUCCCACAGGGGCAGGGGAUUGGACAUGCUGACUUUUGCACUGGAUUAAAGCAAGCAGAAUCCAGAGUCCUGCACCGAGGCAUUCUGAUCCCCCCCCCCAGCCUAAAAUCAGGCAGCUUUAGCAGAUUUACCCUCACACCUUUAGGGGGCUCUGAGCUCAGACUAACCUGUGCAUUCGCAUUCAAACACAUGACGUACAGGUAUACCAGUGCAGGACAGACCUGACAGGAAGCUGCUGCAGAAUGCCAGGUGCUCCCAAUUUUUCUCUCCUGGGUGGCUGCUCCAGGGGCUUUCCUUCUGACAAAUCUGAAUCAGAAUUUCCUGAUUUUCUCCUGAUGGCAUUCAUGUUUUCAGAGUACCACUUCAGGGUGGCCUUUCCCUGGCUCCUCUGACCUCUGUGUUUUCUCUGUGUUCACACCUGUCACCUGAUUUCUGUUCAGGCCAUAAAACAGAUUCAACUAUGUAUACCAGAGUGCACUGAUGUAUGAAACAUAUAAUCAGAGGGUGGAAGACUUUACUGAAAACAUGUUAGUAUGGAAAGUAGAGGACCCAGGAUGGAUCCCUGUGGAACUCCGGAGAAAACAGCAGAGCAAACAAGAUUUAAAGAGAUUACAGUACAUCCAAUAAUUCAUUUGUUUUAGCAAAGUCAGACAUUAAAAUCAGAACCUCAUCCUGUGGGCUCAAAACUGUCCUGAAACAAAAUCCUGUAGCAUUUUUUACUUUUCGGAUUUUUUGCCAGACCCUAAACUACAUUUAAGACCCCUCAGAAAAACAAUUUUGGGACCAUCUACAUCUGUUAUUAUAAAGUUUGUAGACUUUUAAUCUGUGCAGAUAUUUUUUUUUAAUGACAUGAAAUUAUGAAUAAACAGGUUGUAUUAAUUUGGGAAUUAAUUUUUCAGAGUAAAGCUGAAAAUGCACCAUAUUGAUGCUUUUUUAAAAAACAAAAAACAAAACAAAAAAAAACAGUUUUCAGUGUUUAUUAACAAGGAUUUUAAAGCAGGUGAGACGUAAUUUGUAAUCUCACUUUAGUGAGUUGGUAGAUUUAGCAUAAAAUCUGCUGUGACACUGAAAGCCGUUUGUUAUGUAUUGAUCCCUAAAUUCAGUUUAAUAAUUACUGAUCUGAAUCUGUUAUGAACAGGACAUUUCCAAUAAAACUAUAUGUUCAUAUAAAAUACCCACAACAGGAGGACAGCACAGCUUCUGAUUUAAAUGUUUCUACAAUCUACUGUUCAUACUCUUACUUUUAAUAUGUGCCUCUGAUCUCUGAUACCACUGUUUCAUACAUUAGCUUAACUUAGCUUAGCAUAAAGUCGAGGCACUCUACUGAUAAAGAAAAACUGUCUGAUUUUGCUUUGUCUGAGGCAGAAAACAUGAAGAUAUUACAAUAUUGAUGUCACACCUGAUGGAAGCUGCUGUUAAUCUUUCAGUAGCUCCUGUCCAGCAUGUGCAGCUAUAAUAACUUCAUUAAGCAGCAGAAUAUUAAUCCAGUAAUCAUUUAUAUGAAUAAAUAAUCAGUAAGAAGCGGCCUUAUAAUCCAGUGAGCAGGGACACUAUCCAGGCAACAGGAGGACGUUAGCAUCUCGGUUAGCUCAAAAAUGCUAGCUAUGUUAGGCUGAUGAUAUUAGCUGGUUAGCAUUUUGAACAGAGGAGACAGAUGACUCAACAAUAUUCAUUUACUAUCACUUAUUUGACAAGUUGUGACUUGCUGGCCUCCUUUAAGGUGUGUUUUUUGGAAACAGCUCCCUUCAGGCUGCCGCGAACAGCUAACAUGCUAGGUUAAUAGCCUGCCACAGUAGCUAGUUUACAGACUGCUGCUAGCUUGCAUUGUUGCUAAACAAGAUUAAUGUGUGAAG